GUUUAUUUUAUUUUAGGUUGGUUGGAGUACCGCAAGAGAUUAUUACACAUUUCUUUGGUCACCUAUGCCAGAAAAUUAUGUGGAAGGAUCAACUGUUAACUGUGUGCUGACUUUUCAAGGGUAUUAUCUACCAAAUGAUGAUGGAGAAUUUUACCAGUUCUGUUACGUGACUUACAAAGGAGAAAUCCGUGGAGCAAGCACACCUUUCCAGUUUCGUACCUCGUCCCCUGUUGAAGAAUUGCUGACUAUGGAAGACGAAGGAAACUCUGAUAUGUUAGUGGUGACCACGAAAGCUGGACUUCUUGAGUUUAAAAUUGAAAAAAUAAUAAAAGAGAAAGAAGAGCUAUUAAAAGUAACUUCUGUCCUGGAAAAGGAAGCAGCACAACUCAGAGACCAAGUUGAAAGACUGGAAAAAGAACUUAACCUUGAAAAGCAGAGAUGUGACCAGCUGCAAACAGAGCAAAAG